AUGAUGGAAGAGGUCGACGACCUUGUCUUAACAUCCUUUCGGGACAUUGUUGACAAGGCUAGAACAGCGCUGCUCAAUGCUAGCGAGGAGAACCCCGUUAUGCUCAAGGCCGCUCAGGCGCUGCUCAAGGAGGGUGAGCGAGCCAUCAGGAGGAUCGAACCGCAGUGUCGUAGACACCUCGACGACUACGGCUCGAGCUUCAUCGCCGCCCUCAAGGACAACGAUGAGAUUGCCACGUUCCGAGCGCAGCUGACCGACCUGCUGUGGGAGUUUGAGGAUUAUGUCGAGCUAGACGACUUUGACGCUGACAAGUUCACCGAGCUGCAAAUGCUCUCACGCAAAGCUGCUCCGAGAAUCUCCGAUGCCCUUCUGCGGAUGAAGAUCGAAGCGCCCACCAGCGACGCCGCCUCUUCGCGAGGGUCCAUUGCCCAGUUACCGACGCCGACGUCGCCACACGCCGCACUCAUGCACGGAUUCACAAGCCAGCCCCAUCGGGGGUCCGCAGGGAGCUCCAUGGCUGACAGUAACGAUGCCAGCAGCCUGCUCCGAGGACUCAUGCUCUCACCCACGGGUCACGAUAGCAUCCACAAUGCGGCGCGGGAGCAGCCGAGGCCAACGUCAGCAACCCAUUCGGACUGGAAUGCCAAGGCAGGGGACGAUGGUGGAUGUCCCAUCGAGUCACCCGUUGACGGAAGAGCCGAGCAGAAUGAAUCGCCGGUUCUGCCAAAGUCUACUCUCGAAGAUGAUCCAAAUGGCAAGUUUACUGUGGUGUUGCCACCUCCUGUCAGCGCAACCGGAGGCGGGUUCCCAGCUCAGCAAAUCUACGAGAUGGAGGAUCGCCGUUCAAGCACCAUCAGUGCGCAUGGUCACCACCAGCACCAUCACUCGCCUCACCCGCAACGUCGGCAGCCGACAUUGCCAAACUGCGCAAUCCCAGAGCACGAGGUGACCUCGGCACAACCCGGCUCGAUCCCGUUCUUCCAGCCCUCACAGCCCUUUUCGCCCACGUCGCAGCACUCCCGACAGCACUCGUUCCCCUUAUCCGAGCAGUCAGACGAGCCCCCACGGCCUGACCUGUCCAGCCUUCCCUCCCAUGGUGAUCCGCGCGCCCGCGGCAACUCCUUUAACUCCAGUAUCGGCGCCAGCCCCCUGCAGCCACCGACACCCACCAUCCCAGGCGCCCAGCCUAUAGUGCAGCCCUCCGCCGAGAUGAUCGCCAUGAUGGGAAGCGCGCCCAUCCCCGUUGAGACGGAGAUACCGGCCAAACCGUCCAUCGAUGGAUCGGGCAAGCUCAAGGGGGCCAAGAUCGACGAGGCGAGCUCGUUCCUCUUGGCCAAGGGCUUCUGUGAAGGGGCAAAGGAAGUCAUUCGCGGAGGCAUUGGGGUCAAGAGGACGAAGAAACCGGGGUUCGCGACCGCGGCCACUGUAGCGCGGUGUCUUGCCUGUCUGUAUGAGCUUGACUUUGCCGAGAUUGAGACCGACGUAAACGGAGAGGACAAGGGCAAUUUUCAACGCAACGGUAUCAAUUUCCGCGCAGGGCGCACCAUCCACGACAGCGACGCCACCGUCUUCUUCAACCAGAAAGCUCUCUUUGAGCACCUUGCGCGCCAUCCGCGGCCUCUGCCGGAAGUACCAGGCGUGACGGUCAUUGAGGGCAGCUCCUUGCCCGAAAAGUACCGCAACGACUACGACAUUCACUUCAAGCAACCCACACGGCCACAUCCCGUGAUUGAGCGGGCGGACGAGUUGAUCUAUCGCCCGUCUGCCGUUUCACUCGACCAGGCACGGAGGAUGUACGGACAGCGUCUUCUGUACGAUCGCUCGCCUGCCCUCGAACUCGCACAAGGCGCGCGGAUCAGUGGUCUUACCUGGCCCUCGAAGUACAACGGCGAGUGGGCAUUUGGAUGGCACGACGCGCACUAUGCGUCGGUGCCCACGCUACUCCUCAAGCUGGACGCCCCGUCGACGAGCGAGAUUCGAUAUGAACGAUCGAGUAUCAUCCGCGCCAAGGCGAGGUGGCGGUUUUCCGUCAAGGAGAAGGAGAAGAAUGCCGACUGGCUCAAGUUCGACAAGGGCGACAUCAUUACGAAUAUUUCGUACGUCGAUUUCGAGCACUGGUGCUGGACGGGCACCAACGCCAAGGGCAAGUCGGGCAUCUUCCCCAAGGAUUUUCUCGACCCGGCCACCAUAUCCGAGCCCACAAGCACGGCGACGGCCAACCGUGCAGGAUCGCUCAGCGAGGAAAAGGCGCGGUCCGCGUCGUCGAUGCUGUCCAAGUUUUCGAUUCGCAAGAACAUGGGCCGGCCAACCAGUAUAUCUGGUUGA